AGUAUCGCGCGCACACGAAAUUAGAAGGAAUCUGAAUCUUCUUUUUCCCCAAACAACAGAAUAAAAUAUCAAUACAAAGAUACAUACAAAUAUCUGUACGUAUACAUACCAAAAAGUUGAACCUACACAGAUCUGCAUAGUAAUCUGAAUGCAAUCGAUGUAAUUUGUUACUUUUUGCCAUUUGCUCUUUGCGUGAUUCAGGAUUAUCGUUUCGUUAGGGUUUAUCACUUCACUUGUUCAAUCGAGAUCGGUUUCUGCUUGUUCGAUCGUUUCAGACAGAUAUAUAUACAGUUUGAUUAUCGUUUCCGUUAGGGUUUAUCACUUCACUCGCUCAAUCGAGAUCGGUUUCUGCUUGUUCGAUCGGUACAGACAACUUAUAUACAGUUUGUGAUAUAUAUGUAAUCAGGUUAAGGGUUAUCCACUUCCAGACUUCAUGAUGGCAUUAAACAAGAGUUAGAACUUGUUGCAUGUAGAAUAGUGGAAGUUAGAGAAUGGAUGACUACAGUCAACCUGAGAUUUUGCCUCCAGCAUGGAUAAAUAAAGAUCCAUCUGAAUUAGCAGAAUCACGGAUCUUCAUCUUCUCUUGCUUUGUUGCUGGCAUUAUUGGUAUCUUAACUAUUGUGUAUACUGCUUACCAAUGGAGAAGAAACAACAGUUUAAGUUUAGUGAAAGCUACAACAAGAAAAAAGAAGGAUCCAAAAUCAAGAAAGAAGGUUCCUCUAGCUGCUCAUACAUGGUAUCUGGAAUCUGGGUCACGUGGUAAAAACUUGAAUUGUUGUGUGUGUUUAAAAUCAGUAUCAUCCUCCCAGACUCUUGGACCCGUGGUGGCUUCAGAUAGUUUUAUUCACCGUUGUAGUAUAUGUGGGGCCGCAGCUCACCUCAGUUGUUCAAAAAACGCUCACAGAGAUUGUAAAUGUGUAUCCAUGAUUGGGGCUACACAUGUCCUGCACCUAUGGGCUAUCCGAUGGACCGAGGUGGUUGACCAACCCGAUGAAAUCUCGUUUUGCAGCCACUGUGAAGAGCCAUGUAGUGCUUCUUUUAUUGGUGGUUCACCAAUAUGGUGUUGCUUAUGGUGUCAACGGUUGGUUCAUGUUGACUGUCAUAGUGGUUUUUAUAGUGACACAGGUGAUGUUUGUGAUUUGGGGCCGUUUAGAAGGAUGAUUGUGUCACCUCUUCAUGUUAAGGAAUUGAGUCAGUCAGGUGGAAUCUUGAGUUCCAUCACUCACGGAGCCAAUGAGAUUGCAUCCUCUGUACGUGCGACUAUUAGAAGCCAAAGUAAGAAAAAAAAGCAAGGAAAUGAAGUCUCUGUGGAAAGAAGUAAUGGUGGUGUAGGGGAAUCUUCUACAGAAAGCACGGCAAACAGUAGUUUAGCAAAUGAUGUCUCAAAUCGAACACAUGAAAACCAAAAUGGGAACACGAACACAGAAGUUACAAGUCCAAACCAAAACGGUAAUGUGGUCGACAAGUUAAGUAGAAAGCUGAGUUUUAAAAGAAGCUUAUCUAAUAGUCAGAGAGAUGAGUCCUACUUAGCAGGAAUGAAGCAGAAAUAUGAGUUGACUGAUUUGGGUCCAGAUGCAAGGCCUCUUUUAGUUUUCAUUAACAAGAAGAGUGGUGCUCAACGUGGAGAUUCACUCAGACUUCGUAUGAAUAUACUCCUGAACCCUGUUCAGGUUUUUGAGUUGAGCUCAAUAGAGGGUCCAGAAGUCGGUCUUUAUCUAUUUAGAAAAGUACCCAAUUUCAGAAUUCUCGUAUGUGGCGGGGAUGGAACAGUUGGAUGGGUAUUGGAUGCGAUUGAAAAGCAGAAUUUUGUUUCUCCUCCACCGGUUGCUAUUCUGCCAGCUGGAACUGGAAAUGACCUGGCGAGAGUUCUAGGUUGGGGAGGUGGUUUGGGAUCAGUGGAGAGACAAGGAGGCCUCUGUACAAUGCUGCAAGAUAUAGAGCAUGCUGCUGUAACCAUUCUUGAUCGUUGGAAGAUUUCCAUAACAACCCAAAAGGGAAAACAGCUCCGUGCCCCUAAAUUUAUGAAUAAUUAUCUUGGGGUAGGUUGCGAUGCAAAGGUUGCUCUAGAAAUUCACAAUCUGAGGGAGGAGAAUCCAGAGAAAUUCUAUAACCAGUUUAUGAAUAAAGUUUUGUAUGCUAGAGAAGGAGCUAGGACUAUUAUGGAUAGAACAUUUGCAGAUUACCCUUGGCAAGUUAAAGUGGAGGUGGACGGCGUUGAUAUCGAGGUCCCUGAGGAUGCUGAGGGUGUUCUUGUUGUGAAUAUUGGAAGCUAUAUGGGCGGUGUAGAUUUGUGGCAGAAUGAAGAUGAUAAUUAUGAUAAUUUUGAUCCGCAAUCUAUGCACGAUAAGAGACUUGAAGUUGUGAGCAUAUCAGGGACCUGGCAUCUUGGGAAGCUUCAGGUAGGGCUUUCUAGAGCUCGGAGGCUUGCACAAGGGAAGACCAUUAAAAUUCAGCUUCUUGCUCAAUUGCCUGUUCAAAUAGACGGUGAACCAUGGAUGCAGUCACCAUGCACAUUAACCAUUUCACAUCAUGGCCAGGCUUUCUUGCUGAAAAGAUCAUCAGAGGAACCUCUUGGUCAUGCAGCAGCUAUAGUAGCUGAUGUGCUGGCACAUGCCGAAACAAAUCACGUGAUAAAUGCAUCACAGAAACGCACUCUUCUUCAGGAAAUGGCACUCAAACUAUCCUAGGACUAGUACUACGUACCUGUGAGUAGCAAUUCGUAUAUUUAUAUUUUAUAGUUGUCGUGUUUUAUCGUCAAGUGUUUCUUUUAUACUUGUAUACAACCCUUGUAAUAACUAUAAAAUGAAAAGCUUUUUGACCUGUUUAACCCA